AUGCACGGAAUUGUUCCUACACUCUUUCUUUCGCCACUAAGAGUACCUACCACGCCUAAAAUGCUCCGGUUCAACCCCAGACCCCUUCUCCGUUUACCUGCAACAAGACUAUACAGUGUGAAACUUGGGGAAGUCACUCCCGGCCCUCCAAGGCUUCCACAGGAAGAGCAAGAGGAAUUCGAGAGAUUGCAGAAGAUUGCGACAUCUCAGGCUGCUAUCGAUGAGUUCAACAGCAACUUACAGAACAAGGAAACCAUCGGUGUGACCUCGCCAGCUGCAUUCAAGACGAUACCAGAAUUUGAGGGCGACACCAACCCGGUGACGGGCGAAGUUGGUGGACCCAAGCAGGAUCCAUUGAGAUUCAACGACUGGUCUUUCAAUGGUAGAGUGACCGAUUUCUAG